ACUAGCCAGAGAGCAGAAGCACUGACAAAAAAACCAAACCGUGCGCUUGUAGGAAACAAUACUUCCUCUUUUUUGUGUGAAGGUGCUCCGUUUCGUUCAAAACGGCUGCACUUUCUCCUCGGGACGAAAUAACCCCUGCGGAUUAUUCUGCAUCAAGGAUGCCCAUUUUGUGUGCGGUGUUGCUUUCGGCCUCUCUGGUCCUCGGCCACUCUUCAGCUGCUUCAAAUAAGAUGUGGGAAGAGUGGAAAGAUGGACAUGGCAAGGUUUAUGAUAAUGAGGUGGAGAGCAGCUUCAGGAGAGCAGCGUGGCAGAAGAACGUGCACUUGGUGCUGAGACACAACCAGGAGGCUUCAGUAGGAAAACACAGCUUCACUUUGGGACUGAACCACCUGGCAGACAUGCCCUCUUCUUCUAUCAAGACAGCUGAGGAGAUCAAUGAGAAGCUGAACGGCUUGAAGCCGGAGGAGCGCGUUCAUUUCAGAAAUGACACUUUUAAGGAAGCGAGUGGCUCGUCGACACCUCAGACUGUGGACUGGAGGAAGACGGGCCUGGUCAGUCCUGUCCAAAACCAAGGGUUAUGUGGGUCCUGCUGGGCCUUCAGCUCUCUGGGGGCACUCGAGGGGCAGAUGAAGAAGCAAACGGGUGUCCUCGUUCCCCUGAGUGCACAGAACCUGGUGGACUGCAGCACCAUCGAUGGGAACCUGGGGUGCAGAGGAGGCUACAUCUCCAAAGCCUACAGCUACGUCAUCCGCAACCGAGGCGUCGACUCAGAGAGGUCUUACCCCUACGAGCACCAGGUUGGGCUUCGGAAGCAUGACUUCUUUACCAAUAACGCGAAAUGUCGUUAUUCCGUCAAAGGAAAGGCCGGACACUGCUCUGAUUUUCACAUCCUUCCACAAGGAGACGAGAGGGCUCUGCAGGAAGUUGUGGCUUCAGUUGGACCCGUCGCUGUGGCCGUGAACGCCAUGCUGCCAUCGUUCCACCUGUACAGAGGAGGUUUAUACAACGUCCCCAGCUGCAGCCCAAGGUUUAUAAAUCACGCUGUCCUCGUCGUGGGCUACGGCACAGACAAAGGUCAGGACUACUGGCUGGUGAAAAACAGUUGGGGAACUGCGUGGGGAGAGGAAGGCUUCAUCCGACUAGCGAGGAAUAAGAACAACCUCUGCGGCAUCGCCAGCUUCGCAGUCUAUCCUACACUGUGAAAACGUGGCCCGUCACCGGAAUCAUUUCUCAGAGGAAGUGAUUGUUCAGUUAAAUAUCAGAGACCUGUGGUAUGAAGGUUUAACUGAAACUGCUGGCUGAAAGUCAAUUUCACAAAAUUGUUCAUCUACUUUGGAAGCCUUUGUUAUUUGUGUUUUGAAUUCUUGAAAGAAAGAAAAAAAGGAUUCCUUGCUUUGUACCCUUUUGUAAUUUUAUAUCUCAGAGGUUUUACACUGUAUUUUAUAUAGCCUAUUUGAUCCGUUUAUUAAAAUAUUGCUAUCUUUUCA